AUGGAUCUUGUCCCUCAACAAGCCAAUUCCUCCAUUCCUUCAACUCACCAAGAUCAACCUAAUUACGGGACGUAUAAAAAUAUGAGACGGGAGGGUCAGAGAGCCCAAGUAACAAUGAUUUACGAAGGAAAAGUGUUCGUGUUCAGUGAUCUCUCAUCUGAGAAAGCUGAACAGAUCUUACUCUUGGCGGAAAAUGAUGAGACUUCGCCCCAAAUCUACACUCAGCUUAAUUGCCUACCGGCUCCUACUAGGCCUAAUCAAUGGAGUUUUCUGCAAAUUAUAAAUCAAGGAAGCAAUUUUGAUGUUUCAAUAGGACAUAUGACUUGCGGUAUUGUUCUUGUUAUUCAAAAACAAACUCGAGACUUCCUCGUAAAAAUUUCUAAAACUAGUUAA